AUGGCUUUAUUUCUCGCAUUGUUGUAUCUUUGCCUGCUCUAUGCAGUGUAUUUGAUGUACAAGCAACUCAAACGCGCAUCCAUUGCCAGUGUUCCUGGGCCUCAAUGGAACUCUUGGAUCUAUGGAAACCUGCCUGAACUUCUCAAAGGCGAAGCAGGAGAAGUAAACUGAUGAAUUCGAACCAGUGCAUUCUGUCGUUCACGCCAGACUUAGAUGGACUUCAAAUGGCAAGAACAAUAUGGCGACAUCGUCCGAGUACGAGCGGCGUUGGGAGAAGAUCGCCUCCUGGUGUCCGACCCCAAAGCCCUUCAGUAUAUAUAUCAAACUAGUGGCUACAGAUUUAUCAAAUCCCCAGGUCGUAAGGAGCUCGGUCGACUGAUGACAGGGAUCGGAAUUUUCUUCGCCGAAGGUGAGGACCACAAGAGACAUCGCAAAGUUCUCCUACCAGGUUUCGGAGGUCCCGAAGCAAAAUUUUAUGUACCGGUGUUUUUUACGCAUGCUGGGAGGAUGACAUCAAAGUGGAGGGAGAUGAUUUCCACAACUGAUGAACAGUCCGUCGUUAUCGAUAUUCCUUCGUGGACGUCCCGUGCAACGUUGGAUGCCAUUGGCGAGGUUUUAGCGGCAUUUGAUUAUCAGUUUGGGGCCCUCGACGGCUCGGCCAAGCCUCUAACCGUCGCAUACACGAAUAUGUUGUUUGAUACUUUCGCCGUCGCUACCGACAAUAGCACCCUAUCAUUAUGUCUGAUGGAAUGGCUGCCUAUAUGGCUUGUACGACUGUUUGUUGAGAAAGCGCCAAUCAAACGACUGAAACAUGCGAGAAUGGUCCGCGACUUAACUGGUCAUGUCGCAAAGCAGUUGUUAAGUGAGAAAUAUACUGCACUUGCUGAGGGAAACCCAAACAGGGAUAUCAUGAGUUUGCUGG